GCCAUGGGGCGGAGGCUGGGCCGGGGGCCGCCGCUGUAGCCCCCGCCCCGCGCCGCGCACACCAUCCCCUGCGGGGCCGGGGGCGCCGCCGGGACUCGCCGCGUCGCCCCGAGGAGCCGCCGCCUCGGCCGCGUUCCAGUGUCUGGUUAAAUGGAAGCCAUUCCUGGGAUCUGGAUGGUUUCUGCUGACGCAGACUUUGCAUAGCAGCUCCAUCGCCUCAGGAGGUUGCAAUGAGUGGAGGAGGGGAUCAGCCUGACAUCCUCAGUGUGGGAAUAUUGGUCAAAGAAAGAUGGAAGGUGUUGAGGAAAAUAGGAGGUGGAGGAUUUGGAGAAAUUUACGAUGCACUGGACUUGCUUACUCGGGAAAAUGUUGCACUGAAGGUGGAAUCAGCUCAGCAGCCAAAGCAAGUGCUAAAAAUGGAAGUAGCUGUGCUGAAGAAGCUGCAAGGAAAAGAUCAUGUCUGUAGAUUCAUAGGAUGUGGAAGAAAUGACAGAUUUAACUAUGUGGUCAUGCAGUUGCAGGGUCGGAACUUGGCAGACCUGCGUCGUAGCCAGUCUCGAGGAACAUUCACCAUUAGUACCACUCUGCGGCUUGGGAAGCAGAUUUUGGAAUCUAUUGAAAGUAUUCAUUCUGUGGGAUUCUUGCACAGGGACAUAAAACCAUCAAACUUCGCAAUGGGACGUUUUCCAAGCACCUGUAGGAAGUGUUUUAUGCUGGAUUUUGGCUUGGCACGGCAAUUUACCAACUCAUGUGGGGAUGUCAGACCACCACGAGCUGUUGCUGGUUUUCGAGGAACGGUACGAUACGCAUCAAUCAACGCUCAUAGAAACAGAGAAAUGGGUCGGCAUGAUGACCUCUGGUCUCUCUUCUACAUGUUGGUGGAAUUUGUGGUUGGGCAACUGCCUUGGAGAAAAAUAAAAGAUAAGGAGCAAGUGGGCUCCAUUAAAGAAAGGUACGAACACAGACUUAUGUUGAAACAUCUUCCUCAAGAAUUCAACGUCUUUCUGGAUCACAUUGCUAAUUUAGAUUACUUCACAAAGCCUGAUUACCAGCUUCUCAUGUCUGUAUUUGACAACAGCAUGAAAACGUUUGGGGUUAUUGAAAGCGACCCUUUUGACUGGGAGAAGAGUGGAACUGAUGGCUCCCUCACAACAACAACAACUUCAACCACUCCUCAGCUGCACACUCGUCUCACGCCGGCGGCGAUUGGAAUUGCCAAUGCCACUCCUAUCCCAGGAGAUUUGCUGCGGGAAAAUACAGAUGAAGUGUUCCCUGAUGAACAGCUCAGUGAUGGAGAGAAUGUUAUUCCUGUUGGUGUAUCACCUGAGAAACUACCUGGAUCCCCUGGACAUCAGCGUCCUCAGGAAAAAGAUGUUUGGGAAGAAAUGGAUGCAAACAGAAACAAAAUAAAACUGGGGAUCUGUAAGGCUGCCACAGAGGAAGAAAACAGCCAUGGCCCAGGGAAUGGAAUGCUUAAUGCCCCGAGUCUUGGUUCUCCAAUUCGAGUUCGCUCAGAGACCACCCAGUUAGACAGAGAUGUUCCACUGGUGCGGAAGCUUCGUUCCAUUCACAGCUUUGAACUGGAGAAGCGCAUGACGUUGGAGUCUAAGCCCGACACUGAUAAGUUUCUUGAGACCUGUUUGGAGAAGAAGCAGAAAGACUUGAAAGUGGCAGAGACUCCUGUUGCUGCUGUUCCUCCUCUUUCUCAGAAAACAUCUGUUCCUGCUCCUGUGACUGCCCGCAGGGAUCAUGUUUGGCACUAUGAUGAAGAGUAUCUUCCAGAUGCUUCAAAGCCUGUGUCAGCUAAUUCUCCUGACCAUGCUGAUGGUGUUAUGAGCAAUGGAUUUGUAGCUGUUAACCUAAGCUCCUGCAGGCAGGAAGUUGAUUCUAAGGAAUGGGUGAUAAUAGAUAAGGAGCGGGACUUGCAGGACUUCAGGACAAAUGAGGCUUUAGGGCACAAAAUGACUGGAAGUCCCUCAGAUGAAGAACCAGAGGUACUACAAGUUCUAGAGGAGUCCCCUCCAGAAGAGCAGCCCAGAGAGGGUGGUUGGGCAAGAAACAAUGUCCAUGCCAAGAACCAAACUUCAGGGGUGGAGUUUGUUCUAGACAUGGAAUGUAAUCCUGCUGCAUCUGAACAGCUUACAGAUAAAUUGGAACUUCUGUCUGGAGCUGCAGGACAACUUCUUGCGGCCACCCCUACAAGUCCUAUGGAAGCUCAAGCAGAAGGAGCACUCACUCCGCUCAGCUCAUGUCAUAUGCUGCAUUUCUCCACUCCAAGAAUUUCAAGUCCCAUCCUCCGCACCAUGAGCCCUAUAGCCUAUCUAUCGGCCCACUCGGACCCUCUGAGGGAGGCUGGUUUACCAAGGAGUCAGUCAGCUGAGAGCCACUCCUCUUCCUCCCGCUCAACUGGUCGUAGGCAGCUUCCUGUCAUUCCCUGUGGCAACAAGCUCCCCCCUGUCAUUCGCAUCUCAAAAGCACAGCCUGAGCAGAUAACAAUACCCAGACCUUCAGUGGCAUCCACACAGUCUGCUUCAGAGAGCUUUCACUACGGCCACCAGCUAGAGAGGAGAGAGCAGGAUGGUCACUCUGGGGAACACACCGUGGAACUGUCCUCUCCAAAGGAAAAUUUGCCAGGUUUGGUUGGGACAGAUGAUGCACUUCCAGCUAUGGAAUGCAAUGCCAGCAGACCAGAUUUGAUACUUAAUAUUAGUCAAGAGGUGCUUGACAGGGAAGGACUUGUCAAAGAAUCUGUCAAUGUCCUGGACUGUGAUGAAAAGGACCUAUCUGAACACAAUGGGAUACAGGAAGAGAAAGAACUUGAAAAUAUUCCUGUGGAGGAGGCUGAGGAAGAAGGGCUUCCAGUGGUUUCUGAUGCCAUUGAAAUGCUAAGCAAAGAACAGAAUUCUUCUUUGCCAGGAAACUCAAAAUCUGCAGAGGAAGAACCUCUAACAAAUACUGAAGCAGCUCAAGAAUCAAAGUCAAGGCCUGUCUGUUUGGUGCCAAACCAAGAUGAGGUUCUGAAGUCAAUAGCACCUAAAACAUCAGAAUUGUCUCCCUCAAGACUUAGUAAUGCACAUGUCAAUAGACAGGCAAGCAAAACAGCAACCAUUCAGGAAAACGGUUUUCAUUCUGAUAAGGAAGAGGUCCAUAGUCAAGAUUUGAAAUGCCACCAAGUGGCCCUUACUACUUUUUUGCAGCAGGAGAAUAAAAAAGAGAAAAAUGCUCCAAGAAAUGGAGAGUUACUCCACUGCAUUUCAGAAAAUGAAAAUUCUUAUCGAUCUAAGAAGGACUCAGUUAAAUCUUCUUUUGUAUUCAGGCAGAGUCGAAUCCCAGUUUUAGCACAAGAGAUAGACUCAAUGUCAGAUUCCUCUUCUGUUUCUGCAAAGGAAAAACUUCUUCUAAAAAAGGCCCAUCAGACAGACUUGGUCAAGUUACUUAUGGAAAAGAGACAGCUCAAAUCUUUCCUUGGUGACCUCUCAAGUGCCUCUGAUAAGUCACUGGAGGAAAAAAUGGCUGUUGCUCCAGUACCGUUUUCUGAAGAUGAUGUUUUAGCUUCAUUUUCUAGAUUGACACUGGAUUCUCAUUUCAGCAAGCAGAAUGAAGAUAGCUCUUUAUCUCCAAGCAGCCCUCAGUCCAGAAAAAGCAAGAUUCCAAGGCCAGUGUCUUGGGCAACUACUGAUCAAGUCACCAGUUCAAGUUCAGCUCAGUUCUAUCCUCGGCCACCACCAGGAAAACCGCCUAUUAGACCUGGGGUAGAAGCUAGGUUGCGCAGAUACAGAGUCCUAGGCAGUAGCAGCUCGGACUCAGAUCUUAUCUCUCGUCUGGCUCAAAUCCUGCAGAAUGGAUCUCAAAGACAAAGGAGUUCUACCCAGUGUAAGAGUCCAGGAUCUCCACAUAGUCCAAAAACACCACCCAAAAGCCCUGUCAUCCCCCGCCGCAGCCCCAGUGCCUCCCCUAGGAGCUCCUCUCUACCCCGUACUGCCAGUUCUUCUCCGUCCCGGGCUGGGAGAUCUCAUCAUGAUCAGAGGAGUUCAUCCCCACAUUUUGGGAGGAGUAAAUCACCUCCUAGCCAUUCAGGCUCCUCAUCUUCUAGGAGGUCCUGCCAACAAGAGCAUUGCUGCAACAAAACAAGCAAGAAUGGUCUGAAAGGAUCUGGCAGUUCUUUCCACCAUUCCCCAAACACUAAGACUUCCACAGGAAAGAGCAAAUCAACUACUAAGCUUAGCAGAUAGGAACUGGGCCUUGACAGGUAUAAAGUCUCCUCCUAAAUCUGAUGCAUGUUGUGUCCGUGUACUGUGUAUUUAAAAAAAUAAUCAAAAAAAAGUAUAUUAAAAAAAAAAGGUGUUGAAUCUGCACAUUUUAAAGAAAGUAGCCAUUGUAAACUAUUCAUGAGAAAGCAUUCUGUGUAAAUAAGUGGCCAGGCUUUGCCUUAGAGCAGGCAGCAAGCAGAUCCACAAGAUGAGAAGUAGAGGCCAGGAUAAGAAUAACUGGGUAGUCAAAGAGGUGCAAUGUAUUAAAAGUGAAAAAGUAUCUUGAAGGUGAGUGUUUUAAAACAGUAAUAAAAUAAAAAAUAAAAUAAUAAAAUUUAAAAUACGCAAGGCGUAUGUAAGAAAACCCGAAAUGGUUAUUCCCAAAAUGACAUCACCACUUGGGAGAUAAGUACAGCUCAUGCAUUUCUUUGCAGUUUUAAGAAAGCACACAGUUUAGAUGAUGAUAUUUCUAACUUAUAAAUUUCUUCCAUUUUGAGCUGCAUUCACAUCUAAGUCACUGAGUGCUCAUUUUGUCCCCUAUCAUGGCACAGAUAUUUUACCUAAGUAUCAUAUACCUUACCCCUUCUUGACACUGAUGAAAUUUUAAAAAAUAAUAUUUGACAAGAUGUUUUUGCACCAAUAUUAUGUAGAAAUUUGUUCAACAGUAAUUAGGAUCCAAGAAGCUGAUUCUCAGUUCUAUAUCAUACAGUUUUUUUGGGAGUCAUAGUGGGGUUCUUCAAACCACAUUUGGUAGGAUUUGGAAGAGCGUUCCUUCCUAGGAAAUGGGAGAAAGGAGUAGAUGUAUGCACUUCAUUGGAUAUUGAAGAUUUACAGUAAAAUGCAAUGUAAUUUAGAAAAUAAGAACCUUUCUUUACCCUCUUAAUUCAACUGAAAAAAGAACCUUUGUUAUUGCUAACUUUUGUUUUUCCAUUAAUUAUGGAUCACUUAAACCAAAGAUCUUACAAUGCAGAGAUGAUUACCAAUCAAGAUUUGGUUUUUUUGGUAAUUUGUUUUCUAAAAUCAUGAAAGAUGAAACAGAGAUGAGAAGAUUGUUUACUUUGUGAACUUGAUAGGUUAGGGGUGACAGAAAUAUACUUAACACCCUUACAAAAUCUGGGUAAGAAUAUUAAUCAUCAAAGCAAAAUAUACGAAAAGAAAUCUGAGAUCUUUUUUAUAUUGGGUUCUUGUUAUUCUGUUUCCCAAAUGUGUUUUUCAUAGCCAAACUUUGUUGACUCUCAGUAUAAGCCCAUGGUGUUUAAUUCCCCCAACUUUAUUAGGUAGUUAGUUAGUAACAUCUCGUGCUCUGCAGGAAUGAAGGGUACAGCACCUUUUGCUCUAUUCAGAAGAGCGUAGUGGGUUAGAAUAGGGACGCACAAGAACACAAGCCUGAGAAAGAUGCAGCCAGCUCUCAUCCCGAACGAUUCCUGUUGUGGGGACUCUGGAUGCAUAGGAGACUUGUCAAUUACUGAUCUGCUUGCUGUAGUCAUAUGCCUCUUCAGCCAGCAUCUGUGCUUUUUUAUUUAAUCUCUGCCAAAUGAAUACCUUUGGAUUAAAAAGGGAAUAUUUUGUCUCUGAGCUAACACAUUCUAAUGCUGCAUUAAAGCUGCCCUAGAGCUGCACUGAAUUUCACUUGCUUUGUCAGACUAUGUUGAUUUUUUCUUUUCUUACUAUGACUAUGUAUAUUGUUUCCCAUAUGUAAUGUAGCACAGUGUGGAACCUUAAUUUCAUUCAGGUUUCAAGCACUACAGAUGAAUGCAAUAGGUAGGAUAUACCUGCUUUUUCUGAAGAAACUGUACCAUUGGAAAGUCCUAUUCCUUUGUAUUAUAUUGUAUAAUAGGUGCUAUACCAAUACUUGCAUGUCCUCAUGGUAAAUUAUAUAAUAUAAAUAUUUAUAUAUACAUAUAUGUAUAUGCUUAUAUAAUCUCAUUCUUUCUCAUUUUUCAUUUGUAAUUUAUGGACCACAAAAAAUACAGCUCCCUUUCUGUUAGUUCCCAUAUACUUACCUCUUCUAGUCUCCCCCUACCCCCGCCAAAAAAAUCUGGAAUGCACACAUUCUGAUAGCCUUUAUACCUUGGUACAAAAUUGAAGGACUGCUGAUUUCUCAACCAGCCAAUGUUUUGUCUUGCAGCUUGUUUUGUUUUUUUUUUUUUUAUUUCUAAUUUCAUGUGCACAUUUGCAUAUGGAACGAGAACAAACACCCAAAAGGUAUUUUUAUUUCAUAAUGUGAAUUCUUAAUUGUGAGUACUUGUCAUGUAGGAACAGUGACAGUCUAUGAAUACCUAACAGAUGAAUGUGAGAACAACAAGUUCCAUCUUUUCCUUCCUGUUGUUUUACAUGUUUCCUUAUGAUAUACCAUAUAAAAGAAUUUGGUCACAUUGUGAUAUUUUUGUCCUGGGCACUUGCUGGAAUUAUUUGUUAAGGUGGCGUGGCAGCCCAUGACUAUUUUCCUUAUUUCUGAAAAGCAUUUCUUAUCAUCAUGUACGUUUAUUCCUACAUGACAUUGUCAGUUUUCGUAAGUACUAACUUUAUGCAUCCUUGCCUGAAAAUGCUGAAGUUGAGGUGUUUGUAUUUUUUCUCUAGUGUAACAGGAUCCAGAAAUGGUAGCUGCUUUACAGGUGAGAAAGAAUAUAACACCUAUUUUAUGUUGUCUCCAAAAACCAGGCUUGUCCAUUGUUAGACAUUACUGUGUAAAAUAAACCAAUGCUGUAGAAAAUCACUUGUACUUGAACUACUUGCCAAUGUAAAAAUAGUAAACUAUGCCAAAAAGGAAAAGAGAAAUCGGUUGGGAUUGAUGACACAGGCUUCUUUUGGUGAUGAAAAAGGUAAAAGGACUGUGUACCCCCCGUUGCUUUUUUACCGUGGAUUCAACAAGAUCUAAGGAGAAAAUCACAAAGAUGCGAAUGGAGGAGCAAUUGUGAAUAACUUAGCUUGAGCUACCUGCUCUUCUUGAAUUUUUUUCUUGCUUGAUACCCUUCUCCCAAAAGUUUACAGAAUUGCUUACUGUAGUCUAACAUAGCAAUCAGUUAAUGUUAUUAAGUAAUGGUCAGCUGACCAACUCAUACAUAAAUAUUAGCUUAAUAUUUCUAGAGGGCCUAUAUAAUCAUUAAGGACUCCCUAAGCCUCAGUAUUUGAAUGUGGAGAUGGCUCUGCAGAAAACCACCGAUGUACGUGUGUGACCCUUGUGCAGAGUGUGUGGGAAUAGUUUAUGGCAGGUUAUCUGCAACACAUUUUCAGGGACGGGGAAGACUUUUCUCCAUUGUACAAAACUACUACAGUUACUCUGUAUAGCACACAGCAAAUUAUAUAGGAAUAUUAGCUGGGAAAUAAUGAAAUUCAAGGAGCUGUUGCUUUGUCUUCUUCAAGCCUCCAUUUCUUUGGAGGGCAGUGCAAUGGAGCCAUGACAUGUAGCAGGUGCAGAUGCUACAUGCUCGUUUCCUCUUUAUGGUGUAUUCUGUUGUGGCCAGCACUUUGGAGCAUUUUUUAGAGAAACUGAGGCAUGAAGCCUUUAAACUAAAAUAGAACUUGAAAUCACCAAACAUUUCACACAGAUUUUUGUGUUACAAUAUUGCAUGGUAAAAUCAAUCUAAGUUUCAGUCUCAAAAAUCAAUAACAAUUAAGCUCUUUAUUAAUUACAAAUGCCAAUUACUACUUAGGUAAAACCCUGCUAGAGUAAUAGAAAGUGUGCUACAGUAGAGUAAUGUUGGCAAGUUGUAUGAUGCUAAGCACUUAUCUACUGCUUGAGCAGGAUUGGUAAGUGUAGAACAUUUCACUGCUCAAAGGCAGGAGCAAGAUGAGGUCUUAACUGCUAGUUAUAUAUAAUUAUACAGAAGGCAAACCCCUGCAGAGUGACACAAGGCAUUCAUUACAGCCACCAGCCACAUCCUGUCUUGGGAAAUCUGGACAUAUUCUUACCUUGAAGCCUGCAUGUUUGAGAUCAAGCUUUCUUGCAUACCUCACUAAACAGUCUUGAUGUAUAAGAGAGGAUUUGGUCCUAUAUAUUUAAAAAUAGCUUGAAAUAGUUUUCAUCUGAAAAAGACUUGCUGGAGCUCUAUCAUCUACGAUUUGUAGUAUUAUGGUAUUAACUGUUGCUGGGAAAACACACAAUUUUGAUUUUAUAUAUAUAUAUAAAUACACAUUUGUACAUAAGUGUAUCUACAUAUACACUUAUAUAGAUACUGUAUAUUAUAUAGAAAUAUAUAUAUACAUACAUACAUAUGUGUGUAUAUACAUAUAGAUAGGAAGAGUCUCAACUAUUCCAUCCUGUUCACUGGAAUUAAUUUGCCAGAAUGAGCCAAGGCCUCUUUUUCUUUGAUUUACGCUGAUCUUUUCAUCUACUGCAAUGUUCCUAUGCCCUAAUUCUGAUUCUGUGUCCUUUCAUAUUACAAGACCUGAUCCUGUAGUCCUUCUUGGGCAAAAUAUCCGUAAGUCCUUCUUAUUGCAGUAACAUUUACGCAAUGGUUGACUGUAAUGCCUCUAAUUUUUUUUCUUUUUCUCUUUGAUGAGAAUGUAGAUAAAGCCAGAUUUACAGUAGUCUUUUUCCUGUAAACAGAAUUUUUCCGUAAUGAAUUGAACAUUUUUAUGGAACACUAAGAGGCAUAAAUUCUAGUAAGAAGAAUGUGAUUAUUCCAAUUCCUUAAAAGGGUCUAAUGGAAAACCAAUGAUAUGUGCCUCCAAUUUUUAUAUAUAUACCUUAAAUGAGAGAGUAGUCUUCUGAAAAGGAAUAGGAGAACAAAAGAGAGCUCAAAGUCAAACUCUUUCUCAUCAUAGGCCUGUAAUAUGUGGCUUUUUCAUGCAGGACUGAUGCUGAGGUGACAAGAGCCUUGUCUGUCCUGUCAUUCUCAGUGAGUCAGGGUCUGCUUAGGUUAACACCAGGAUUUCUGUGGUGCAUUCUCUGUAUGCUUUUCCACUUUUGGGAACGGUCAGAGAACUGUUGGCUGGAUAAAGACCUUGGUGUUUAUCCAUGAUUCCUCCUUCAACUGGCGAAAGCUUUGGGUGUUCAUUGGAUGGUGAACAUGGCAGUGCUAGGUUAGUAUUUGAACUUGGAUCUUGUGCGUGUUUUCCAACCCGAUGAUUCUAUGAUUCCUCUUUGUGAAAUUUAUAGAACAGGGCAUAAUAUUUUUAUUCAAAUUCUUUUAGCUAAUCAAGUAGACAGUGAACUGAUGGGGUUUGUUUGCUGUUUUGCUUUCGGCUCAAAUGUCUUUGGCUGUAAUUAGUACAAUUUUUGGUUAGCAGGAAUGCUGGUAAAAGGAAGUGAGGUUCAAUGUUUUGACUACAUGCAAUACACAGGCAUAGGUCAUACUUUUCUUAGCUAAUCAAAUUGCAUAAACAUGCACUUCACAUAAGAAUACCUCACCUGUCUGCUUGGAGCCAGUCUUCCUUUUCCCUACACAUAAUAUUUGUGAAAGAGAAAUGAUAUGAAAUCAGCCUGGAUUAUAUAAUAACUGUCAGGAAUUAUCUUAAGAUAUUGUCAAAUGCCAAAAAGUAUUUAUCACUCAUUUUAAUGUGGUUUAAAUAAUCAGGUUUUUAAAUAUAUGUCUUUAAGGAGGGGUUUUUGUUUGGUUGGUUUUUUUUAAGGAAAAAUGUAUAGGAGUCCAUUGUUUCAAAGACUGAUGUAUUAACUUUGCAAUGACUCUUGCCAUCCAGGUUUGAACAGGUUGGCUGAUUUUACUCUCCAUUGAGGAUAACACAUCCUUUCUCAACAGUAAUAAUGAGAAACCCAAAUGCUGUGCUCCUGUUUCUCCUCUACAUGAAGAGCUUGGAUCCAUGAGAGUUCUUGCUGUUCUUGUGCAGGUGAAACUUCAUUAAAAUUGUUAUAGGUCCUGUUUUGUUAAGGCUCUUUUCCCUGAUUAGAGACUGAAAGGAUGAGCUCACUCUAUGAAUAUAAAAUCUGCACUUGCUGUAUUUUAAAUUGGAAAGUGCUUCAUUUUUAUUGUUAUUAUGACAUGACAUGCUUCCAGAUCUCUCCUUUUCUCUAAGAAUUACUGUUGAGAGCCAGCUUUGCCCAAGAGUGCAAUGUGUUUCUUUUAAAACAAUACCACAAGUGGGCUACUCAUGUGAGGGCCUGAUCAUCCACAAGUGUCCAUGGGAAUUCAGCUGGAAUUAAUUUGGUAUUUGUUUUGAGAUCACUUGAUCUUUGAGCUUUCAUGUAAAGGGCCUAUGGUAACAGCAGAACAGAAGAGAUGCAGUGUAAUUAGUUUGGUCUGCCUGGCUUCAAAUCCUUUUAAACCCAUAUCUGCUGCAUGGCAGGUAAGGUCAUAAAGGUUUGACACAAAAGGAAGUAGGUUUUUUGGAUUUUUUUGGCAAUUUCACAUCUGUUUCCUCUGACUGGAGAUCUGGAUUUGUUGCCAAGCAGCAUUCUCUGCAUCCUCUUUACUUUCAUUGGCUAGAAAGCAAGACUGGAAAUUCUUGCUCAACCUUUAACUUUCUUUCUAUAGAGUCAGCCCAGACUCAAGUUGCAGUGCUUGUGCUAGCAGAUGCCAAUUUUCAAAUGUUUUCCUAUGAAUAUCCAAACUAGUAAAUUAAGGAAAUCACCAGCAAUGCCUUCAGACAAACACUGACUUUUUGAAGUGGCCAACCAAUGGCUGCUAAUCUAAAAUCUCUGGGCAAUACCACAAAGAAUUAAAUCUGUGUAUUAAUUAAAAAUACAAUACUGUCACCCCAUAAGAAAUCAAGUACUCAAUAGUAAAGUCUGCAGCGUGAUUAAAUGAAGUGGAAAGUGGUUCCAAGAUUGUUUUUUACCAUUGAGGAAGACAGAUGUUGAGUCCUUAAAAUUCUCUUGCUCAGUAAUUGCAGUUCUCUUCCCCUCCUUGGAAAUCUUCUAAGCCAUUCUUUUCAUUUAAGUUUGCUCAGGCACCCAAGAGCAUAAAGAGUUAUUGCCCUUGUAAUGGUCAUUUGUACAUAAAGUUGUAAUUAUUUAUUUUCUCAUUUGUACCAUAUCAAGGCUUUGUACAAUGUUUAAGUUUUGUUUUCAAAUUAUUUUGUAUUUUAUUUUUAUAAACUGGUUCUAAAUAAAAUAUUCAUUCAGCAUGCAAAACUUCAA